ACAAAUUUUAAUUUUGUCUUUUUUAAUUUAUUAUUACAUUCAGUAUUUUCUUUGAUUAUCUUUGUCUUGACGUCUACUAACUAUACAGUAAAUUUUCGAUUUCAUUGUCACACUUUGAUUUACAAUAUACACUAACUACGAGAAAUACCCGAGAAAUAGUUUUCGGUAUUAACAUGACAGAUGUUAAUGAGUGACGUGUCUAAAUACUUUUUGUAGGUUUUUAUGCAUUUAUUUAUUUAUUAAAUGAAUCUAAUAAGAAGCAAUACAACAUGAAUUAUAAUGCAAACACUGGAGGCAGACAGCCUUUCGGAAGAAAAAUUAAACGAGUCAGCGAUGUAAAUUCCAUGGGAUACAACCCCUAUGAACAGCCAAACGCCCAGCAACCACUGUAUCCAGACUUACCAAAUACCAAUCAAUUCCAACAAGAUUUCAAUAACCACCAGGCAGCUGGUUUUAAUCAAAAUUAUGCACAACCAGUCCCACAAAAUCAGAGCGGUUACCAGUAUCCACAGCCUCAGUUUGCCAAUUCAGGACCAGGAGGAAUACCAAAAAUAGAUGUGCUUGGACAACCAAUUAUUCAAGACAUUGCUAUGCAAUAUGGACAACAAUUGGCAGAUGUUGGCUCAACAAGAAUAAAACAGGAAGUUGAGAGAUAUGUUCCUAUCACAAAGCUUAAAUACUAUUUUGCUGUUGAUACAUCAUAUGUACUGAACAAGUUGAUAUUGUUGUUCUUCCCCUUUACACACAAGGAUUGGUCAAUCAAAUAUGAACAAGAUGGUCAACCAGUACAGCCUAGAUUUGAGAUUAAUGCGCCUGAUUUGUAUAUACCAACCAUGGCUUAUGUAACAUACGUUUUAAUUUCCGCAAUAGUUCUCGGUGUACAGGAGCGAUUCACCCCCGAGCAAUUAGGCAUUUUGGCAUCGUCAGCCUUGGCAUGGUGUGUGGUGGAGUUGGUGAUUUACACUUGCACCUUGUACAUUAUUCAAGUAGACACUAGUUUGAAGACCUUCGAUUUGCUCGCGUACAGUGGCUAUAAAUUCGUAGGGACUAUAUUUAGUAUUUCAAGUUAUUUAGUGGGCGGGAAGACUGCAUAUUACUGUUGUUUGAUAUAUUCAAAUUUGGCCCUUGCUUUUUUCCUUGUUAGGUCUUUGAAGGUGCAAGUCUUGUCAGAAUCUAAUACCAAUCAAUCAGGAUAUUACGAUCAACAACCUGUAUCUGGAAAUAAGAGGCGUCUCUACUUUUUAUUGUUUGUUGCUGCUGUACAACCUGUGUUGUCUUGGUGGUUGUCAUUCCAUCUUUUAAGGGGCAGUCCGAUUCCGACAGAUACUGUUCAAUAAAGGUUGAAUUCAUGGGGGUUAUCUACUAAUGUCUUAACAUUGCAUGGUAUAUACAAAUUAAGUUAUUAAGAGAAUUUUAUAAAGUGAAAAUUGUAAUAAAUAUUUUUUAAAUUGA